AGCCUGUGUCACAGGAGCCCGGUUUCUGUGUCGUUGGAUAGCCUGGAAAAUAAGAGCGAGUAUAAGCCCUACUUCUGCCUCCACCUUCCCAAGCUCUCCCCAGUCGGGACUCAUGCACCUCCAAGAAGGAAUCUGACCCCCCUUCCCCCUUUCCUUCCUCCCUCGGAAUCCACCCAGAGCCACCCUCUUCCUCCUCUCCAGACCAGCCUUGGCUCUCCAGAAAGGCCCCUUCCGCUCUCGGCUCCCUAUCCAGAGUGAUGGAAAAUUCCUCUGCGGCUUCUGCCUCGUCUGAGGCAGGGAGCAACCGUUCGCAGGAAAUCGAAGAGCUGGAGCGUUUCAUCGACAGCUACGUUUUGGAGUAUCAGGUCCAAGGCUUGCUAACGGACAAGACGGAAGGGGACGGGGAGAGCGAGAAAACGCAGUCUAAUGUCUCGCAGUGGACAGCUGACUGCAAUGAACAGGUAGAAGGCAACCGUUCCUCCUCGAGAAGCAAGAACGUAGCACCUCAUAAUCAAAACCAGGAAGAGUGGGAUCACAGCAGCAGUGGCAGCUCAGGAUCCCAGCCUAGUUCAGGCUCCAGGCAUGGGUCUGUGUCAAAGUCUGGCGGCCGAGGGAGAAGCAGACAGUUCAGUCAUUCAACCAAGAACGGCAACAAAGACAGUUCUCUUGACAUGCUGGGAACAGAUAUCUGGGCAGCCAAUACUCUCGAGUCCUUCAGUGGUGCCACCUGGGACUUGCAACCUGAAAAACUUGACUUCACGCAAUUCCACAGAAAGCUCCGCAACACCCCCAAGCAUCCUCUCCCACACAUAGACAGAGAAGGGAUCGGAAAAGGGAAGAGCGAGGAUGGAGAUGGAAUCAACCUCAACGACAUAGGGAAGGUUCUCCCAGCCUGGCAGGGUUAUCACCCGUUGCCACACGAAGCUGAAAUCGCACACACCAAAAAAUUGUUCAGGAGGAGGAGGAAUGACCGGAGGAGGCAACGGGCUCCCGGCGGAAACAAGUCUCAGCAGCACACAGAACAUCAACAGGGCACCGCCAAACACAACAGGGAACACCAGAAGCCCUCGCAGGGAGGCCAAGCGCCGCACUCCGCAGGCCGGCCUGGCCACCACGGCUACAGCCAAAACCGGCGGUGGCACCACAACCAGAAACACUCGCCCAACGACAAGGAGACGCACAGAAAUGCCAAAGAGACUGAGAACCUGAAAAUCGAGGACGCCUCCGUCUGCACGGUGCACAUCCCCCUUGACGUGCACCGCGGCAGCGAAGCCACGGACAGGCAGUCGCCGCAGAACCUCCAGGACCCGGAGAGCAGGCGGAAAGACAGCCUCCACGAGCGGAUAAGCGAGAGGCCCAAAAUCAACUUGCUCCAGUCUUCCAAAGACAGACUACGCAGGAGGCUAAAAGAGAAGAUGCCUUGUCUUUCCCUUUUCACGGAUCAGGACGAAGUGGCCGCGGAGUCCACCAGCCCUCAAAAGAACAAAAUGGACAAACUAAUUGAAAUUCUCAACAGCAUGAGGAACAACAGCAGCGGGGUGGACUCCAAGCUCACCAACUUCAUGGAGGAGGCCCAGAACUCCACCAACUCCGAGGAGAUGCUCGGGGAGAUUGUUAGGACCAUUUACCAGAAGGCCGUGACGGACCGCAGCUUUGCCUCCAUGGCCGCCAAGCUCUGCGACAAGAUGGCGCUCUUCAUGGUGGAAGGCACAAAGUUCCGGAGCCUCCUUCUCAACAUGCUACAGAAAGACUUCACCGUGCGGGAAGAGCUGCAGCAGAGCGACGUGGAGCGCUGGCUGGGCUUCAUCACCUUCCUCUGCGAGGUCUUCGGCACCAUGAGGAGCAGCACUGCGGAGCCCUUCCGAGUCCUCGUCUGCCCCAUCUAUACCUGCCUCAGGGAGUUGUUGCAGUCUCAGGACAUAAAGGAAGAUGCUGUCCUUUGCUGUGCAAUGGAGCUGCAGAGCACCGGCCGGCUCCUGGAGGAGCAGCUGCCCGAGAUGAUGAUGGAGCUCCUGGCGAUUGCCCGCGACAAGAUGCUGUGCCCCUCAGAGUCCAUGCUGACCCGGUCCCUCCUCCUCGAGGUCAUUGAGCUGCACGCCAACAACUGGAACCCCCUGACACCCCCCAUCACGCAGUACUACAACAAGACAAUCCAGAAAUUGACAGCCUGAGAGGGGAGGGGAGGCGGGGUUGGUGGAGAGCCGGGAGGAGGAAGACACGCACUUUAAAAACAAAACGAAAAGCAAAACACAACAGGAGAGAGAGAGAGAGAGAAGAAAAGAUUUGGGCAAGGAACUGAGCUUACAGCAACCAGGGAAAGGACCGAGCGACCUUUUGUGGUCAAGAUACCUAAGAAGACAAACUCCCAGCAUGCUUACGAAUACGUUCAUGGGGGGCGAAGCAUGUUUCUUUUCAGCCGUGUCCUCAAGUGCCGUCGCCGCCCCACUCCUUCCGUGCCUGCUUUUUUUGUUUGUUU